AUGGGAUUUUGGGAGAAUAACAAAGAUUCCAUCACCUCAGGAUUGAAAAGCGCCGGUAAAUACGGCUACCAGGGAACGAAAUACGUUGCCAAGACAGGAUAUAAGGCAAGUAAGAAGCAUUAUAACAGCAGCAAGUCGCAUAGAGAAAAGAAGAAUGGCAAGAAGAAAUCAAGCGAUGAAGAGUAUGAAAGUGACGAGGAGGAGUACGAGAGAAAGCCGGCCGAUAUAAGAACUUUGAAAAACCCGAACUCUUUUCCUCCUCCACCUUUAAAACCUGGACAAAGAACAUUUACAGGACAGCAGCAACAGCAGCAACAGCAGCAGAUGUCAAGUGGACAACCUAACUACGCUUCCCAGGGAGUGUACCAGGACCAACCCGGCACAGGGCCAAUGGGACAGCCACAACAAUACGCACAGUAUCCACAACAGCAACAAGCUCCAAUGGCGCAGCAGAUGCCCGCAUUCGGACCUCAAGGCCAACAGAUGCCUCCGUAUGGCUCAAAUUCUAAUCCAAACAGUUUUCAGUCUCUGCCACAGCAAAGUCAACCUCAGAAUGCGAUUCAAAGUCAAGCAUCCUCAAAUUCAGGAUCUCAGCAAAACACAGGUUUCCCGUUGCAAAACCCGCAAUAUGGUUCCCAAUCAGCCAACCCGGCACCAUCACAACCUUUUCAAAACAACCUGCAAUACCAGCAGCAGCAGCAGCAGCAAUACCAACAGCAACAACAGCAACAGCAACCGGCUCAGUUCAGACCACAGGGCCCGCAGAAUUUCGAACAAUCACAGUUUCCUUCGAACCCACAGCAAAUGGAUCAACCACAACAGCAGUCAUCAUCACAGUUUGUUCAACAAGUUUUACCGCCACCUGUGCAACCGCAGCAGUAUCAACAGCAACCAUUACCGGCUCAACCGGGCCAAUCAAUCGUAGCAACGCCGAGACAAUCUGCGUCAAAUGGUUUUGAUCAACAACAACAACAACAACAACAGCCUCCAAACCAAGGAUACGUUCCAUCACCGUACGGAAAUCAAUUCAAUACGGCAAGUGCUCCAGGAAUCGAUACAUAUUCCCCUGCGUACGGUCAACCCGUCUCGCACGUAACGGAUAUGCAAGGUGUAACUUCUAACUACGGAGCUCCACCCAUUCAAACUCAACCUCCACUUGGUGGGCAGCCACCUGUACCAGUGAGGAUGCAAUCGCAGUCAUCGCAGGUGAUUCCACGAAGAAGCACCUAUCAAUCCGAGGCCUCCUUUGGUUCUUCUGAGUCAACUCCUCAUUUCGAAGUUACACCAUUUGAUCCUGACGCGCCUGCUCCUAAACCUAGAAUCGAUAUUGCCACAGUGGACGUUAAUAACCUUCCUCCACCACCUACUCAUAGGGACAGAGGGGCGGUUGUAAAGCCGGAAUCUACUCCAAGUGUUGAAAGUUCCUCAGACGCCACUAAGAAAACAUUGUCUAACGUGACCUCUUCUCCUGCAGUUUCACUGCCACCAAGAAAUUCAAAAUCAACUACGACUAAUAAUGAGUUAAAUUCUAACAAACGGGAUAAUGGAAGUACUGUCAAGUCUUCUAUUCUAGGACAUUAUGACGUCGAAAUAAACAUGGCACCACCUCCGAAACCUUUUAGACAUGAAUCUAAUUUCAAAGCUGCUGACCAUGCCAGGAAAGUUCACACCCCAGAACAGAAACUACCAACUCCUCCUUCUCGGGGCAAUAUUGAGCCUUCUUCGCAAUCAUUGCAAGCCAAGUCUGAAACAAUAGAGAGUGUGUCUUCAAUAAACCCAAGUAAACCACAGGAAAUUCCGAUUUCUAAUUUUGUGCCUCCACCGAAGCCGUUUAGGCACGUCAAGACCCAACAAAAUCAAGGUGGUGGACUGCCACCUAUGGCGAAUAAAAAUGAUGCGUUGCCAGCGUCCCCUUAUGACCAAGAUAAAAAUGUCGGGCCAUCGUUACUACCUCAAUCGAAGCCUCAACUUCAAUCUCAAUCCGGGCCAGUUCGUAUGGAAACACACCCUAUUCAGAACUUCCAACCGCCACCAAAGCCGUAUAGACCUUCCAUACAAGAACGGAUAUCGACUACUGAUAAUGGCGGAACUUAUAGUGCUGAUGAGAAUGAAGCAAAUAAUGGCCGUGGUCGUGGCCGUAUAGUAAAGCAUGGGGUUAGUGAUGAAUAUCACUCCAAAAGUGAGACUUCUCCUGAAAAAUAUCACGUUGAUCGCCUUGAGAAGGUUCCUGCUUGUUUUCCAACAGAAAGAGCGUCAUCACCUCCAACACCACCUAAGUUUGAAACUGAAAAUAUCAAAGGGCCAACCAAGUAUGAAAACUUACUAUCCCCAUCAACCGCACCAGUGCUAGCGUCAGGGUCCACUAAGAAGGCACCUCCGCCAAUUGUGAAACCGAAACCUAAAGAUUUUUCUUUGAACGGAAAUGAAGCUCCAAAACAACUUGAUGAGAAAGCGACAACAGGCUCGCUGAAAGGAAGUGGACAAGAUGAAAGGCUAAACAGCAUCACAAAUGAGUUAUCUCACUUCAAAUUGAGAAAAACAAACGUUAAACUGGAAGACUUAGGUAACCCGAGAGAUGUGAAGGAUUUAAGUCCAGUAAACUCAGAUUUAGAUGAGAAAUACGUGUCGGCAUCGGGAUCUAUAAGUCCGCCAAAACCGCCAUCUUCUAGAGCAAGUAAAAAGAAAGUGCCACCAGCAGUGCCAAGAAAGAAUGAUAAUCUGAAGAAAAGGCCACCAAUGGUACCUAAGAAAAAGGUGUUGCUCAGAUCGCUUGAGCCAAGGCCCAUAAACAUGAAAAGAACUGAUUCGAGGGAUAAGUCUGAUGAUGAUGAUGAUUUAAAUCCCUUUGAAAGAUACAAACGAAAUGUUGUUCCUCAAGAAGAAGACAGACUGCAUAAAUAA